CGGCGGCGGCGGUGGCGGCGGCGAUGGCGGCAACCGGGGGAGUGCGGCCCGGGGUGGUGCUGGGAACGAUGGAAAUGGGGCGCCGGGCAGGGCCUGAGGUCAGCGCCGCGCUCCUCCGCGCUUUCCUCCGCCGGGGCUACCGCCUCCUGGACACGGCUUAUAUGUACGCGGGGGGAGAGUCGGAGAAGAUCCUGGGCGCGCUGCUGGCUGCUGGCACGGAGCCCGUGGAAGUUGCCACCAAAGCCAACCCCUGGGACGGGAAGACGCUGAAGCCUGACAGUGUGCGAUCACAGCUGCACACAUCCUUGGAGAGGCUGAAGAGGAAGAGUGUGGAGCUCUUCUACCUCCAUGCCCCUGACCAUGACACCCCAGUGGAGGAAACUCUGCGUGCCUGCAACGAGCUGCACAAAGAAGGAAAGUUUAAAGAGCUUGGUCUGUCAAACUAUGCUGCAUGGGAGGUGGCAGAAAUCUGCACCAUCUGCAAAUACAACAACUGGGUGAUGCCAACUGUCUACCAGGGCAUGUACAAUGCCACCACUCGCCAGGUGGAAGCUGAGCUCUUCCCAUGCCUGAGGUACUACGGGCUGCGCUUCUACGCCUACAACCCGCUGGCAGGAGGGCUGUUGACUGGCAAGUACAAGUAUGAAGACAAAGAGACACAGCCCCCAGGAAGGUUCUUUGGGAACGACUGGGCUCAAGCCUACAGGAACAGGUACUGGAAAAAACACAAUUUUCAAGGCAUUGACUUAGUAGAAAGAGCUCUGAAAGAUGCUUAUGGCUCCAGUGCACCGAGCCUGACCUCUGCCGCUUUGCGUUGGCUGUACCAUCACUCCAAACUGCAGGGCUCUCUUGGAGAUGCAGUGAUCGUUGGGAUGUCCAACCUGGAGCAGCUAGAGCAGAACCUUGACUGCAGUGAGGAGGGUCCCCUGCUGCCAGCUGUGGUGGAGGCCUUUGACAAAGCCUGGAACCUGACUGCACAUGACUGCCCCAACUACUUCCGCUAGAGCCUGGGCUAGGGGUGAGAAAGCAGAGGUGUGGGGCUGGGGAGUGGAGCACAGGUCUCUCAAAGCAUGAGAGAGGUACUCACCCAGCUGCCCCCUUCAUCCCUGUGCAAAUGGGCUGUGAUUUUCCCUGUGUUGAUGAAGCUUUGUAGGAUCCACUACAGCUGUCAGCACUUGGCUGUGCUGGGCCAUGCCUUACUCCUCCUCCCCUCGUGGGCCAUCAGCUGUAGGCCACACACUUAGUGGUGACUUAUGGUCUGGACACAUACGUGAGUGAAGGCCCCAGUUCCACUUCAGUAUGGUCUCAAGUCAUGUCCCUUCUAACACAGACCCUAUCUCUCAACUGUAC